AGCAUUUCCAGGGACGGAAGCAAGGUGUGCAUGGAUAGCUUGGUUGGAGCCAGAGACUGAAUGGUGGCAAUCAGGUUGUCACCUACACAAAACAUCCUGGAGUGUUGCCGAAACAGGGGGACGCAAAGGAGAAGAGAUUUUUUUCUGUGCUAAAGCACCAGACCAAGAAGGGACUGGAGAAAAAGACAAAAAGGGUGAGCCAUGGCCCUGCCUGCCUGCCAGUGGACUUCUCUGCGCCCAUUUGUCUUCAGCAGCCUGGUGGCGUUGUGUUUUCUAGGCCUUUUCUUCACAUACUACCAGCCUGACUUCAGGUUCCCCAAUAUUGGCCUUUACUUGGGGAAAGGCCAACAAGUCUGCCCAAACGUAUGUGCAGAGGGGGCAAAGACCCAGAACCCAAACAGUUCCACAGAGCUGCAGAUCAACCCAAAUCCUAGUGACGCCCAGAAGAUAGCAGAGGUGGACACUGAGCCUGACACUAUUGUAUUGAUCUGGAUGUGGCCAUUUGGCCAGAGAUUUGAUGUCAACUGCGGUGUUUACAAUAUCACAAAAUGCCACUUGACAAAUGACAAGACAGUUUACCAUAAAGCCCACGGAGUUCUCUUCCACCACAGGGACAUACAUGGAAACGGAGGGAAUAUGCCACAAGAGCCGCGUCCCUUGUUCCAGAAAUGGGUGUGGUUUAACAUGGAGUCACCUGCAAACUCGGGUCGAAUGCCUUAUCUUGAUCGUUUAGUCAACUUGACAUGCAAUUAUCGUCUUGAUUCCAGUAUUCCAGUGCCUUAUGGAUAUUUGGAGCCACUGACAUCUGUAGAUGAGAGUUUUAAACUACCAGCAAAGGACAAGUUGGUGUGUUGGAUUGUGAGCAACUGGAACGCACGGUAUAAGAGAGUUGAGUACUACAACGAACUGAAGAAACACGUUGAGAUUAAUGCAUAUGGAAAUGCCUUUGCUAAAGGUGUAUCUGACAAAGAGUAUUCAAAGAUAGUUUCUAGUUGUAAAUUCUACCUCUCCUUUGAAAACUCUAUCUUCAAAGACUACAUCACAGAGAAGUUAUACCUUCCUAUGAUGAAAGGAAGUGUACCAGUAGUUCUGGGCCCUCCAAGGCAAAAUUAUGAGGACCACGUCCCACCUGGGUCUUUCAUUCAUGUCGAUGACUUUUCCUCUCCAAAGGAGCUGGCAGAGAGGCUACUUUACCUUGACCAACAUGAGUCUGAGUACAUGAGCUACUUUGAUUGGACGGGAAGCUAUAAAGUUAAAAGGUCUGCGUUUGGAAAAGAACAUGCUUGCAGAACUUGUAGAUACUUGCAACACCACAACGAGUACCAAUCUUUUCAUGAUCUCAACAAAUGGUACUGGGGUUAACUAUACUCCAAUAAAAAGGACAUUUGCUAUGAAUUGUGUUUCAGUCUGGGACAUAGGCAAUAAUGGACUCAAGACGGCACAUAGACGUCACCUGAAGUGGCUCAAUUGUAUCAUAUCAGAGUAAUUUGAAGGAUGUUUUGAUCACACUUAUAGAAGUUAAACGAAUUUUGUCUUCAAUUUACGUCUUGCCAGCCCGGUCCCCUGAUACAAGUUUGUUCUCCUGCUUUCUUCCUGUUUUUGGAGCAGCUAACACAUGACUUAAUUAUUUGCAAGCAGCCAAUAAACUGCAUUUUAUAGUCAACACAAGUCAAUGAUUUACCGUACAACUGUUGUAGGCAGUUUUUUUGUACUAUCAGGGACAUUCCUUUCUUUUGCACAGACAGUGUACUUUGUUUCAUGAGAAAAAGAAUGUUGACCAGUUUAUCCAGUUUUUAGGAAGGAAAAACCUGAUUUUCUCAUCUGUUAUGUAGACUCAGAGGGGCCCAAAUGGGGUGUUGGAAGAAACUACAAUUUAAAAAAAAAAACAGAACUAAGAAGACCCAAUAAAUAGUCACAUAGAAACAUCCAAACACCUUAAAAUAUGGCUACAGGAUCUUGAGCAGGAUCUCCUCCAGUAUCAGCAUUCUUCUCCCAUGUCUAGCUAUGCAAUCGUGAUCUUUGUCUCUAAGAUCAACAAGUUCUGACGAAUAAAGAACAAAGAGAAGAACAAUAAAUACUGUUAGUUUUCCAUCACAGAAUAUUUACCAAAUGGGAAUUUUGUUUUUUUUGUCCCUGUAUUUAUUUAUUUGUAACAAAUUGGCAUGUUUUGUGGGAAAUUGUAAUUAAAACUUAAUUUUACACUGAACAGACCAUUUGUCUUGCAAAAAUAUAUCUAAAGUUUCCUUUUGAAAAUUGCAAUACAUCCAACUUGUGUCCACUCUAUGCAUUCUGAUUUGUCAUAUAUGUACUGUAAUUUAAAUACAGUUCAUUACUGGGACUAAUGGUCCACAUGUUUAACAUCAUAUAACAAAGACGCAUCCUGUAAUACAUCCCAUCUAGCUCCAUCUAGUGGCCGCCAGCAUAAAAACUUUUCAAUGCAAUCUCCCCCAUACAAUACAAUACAAUACUAUGCAGCCACAGAGUUUCAUUUAAGGGUAAAUGCACUACUUUCCAUUGUGCUUUGUGGUGUAGGAUUGUUGUUAUCAUUUUUAUUAUAAAUUUAACCUUAAGAUCACCUACAGAAUGCCAAUCACAGGCUUUGUCCUCAGUUUGUCAGGUGCUUUACUGAUGUUAUGGUUCACGGUGUUCUUCCAGAUUCUGUCACCUCUGUACUGUUAGUGCCUGUCAUUAAGGAUAAGGCUGGUAAACAAAAAGUACAAUUGGACUUACUGCCCUUGCCAGUAUUCUCUCUUAAGUGCUGGAAAGAAUUCUUCUCAGGGUUGGAAAUGUUUGUUCUCACAACUGAUAAUCAGUUUGGCUUUUAAAGGAAACAUGGCACUGCUCUAAAGGAAAUAGCUGUUAAAUAUGGCAGCUGAAAUUAUACUGUAUUUAUGUGUUUUAUUGAUGCAUCCAAUCCUUCGAAAGGAUUAAUCCUGAGUUUUUUCUGUUUUUUUAAUGUUUAUUUUCUAUAUUUUUUCCUGUGUAUCAAAUUAGAUACUUAUAAACUACUCCAGGGUUGGAAGGGACAAUGUUGUAUCUGACUUGUUUCAUGGAAAUAAUGGUGUUCGUCAAUGUGGAAUGGUUGAUCACUUAAUACAUUACAUUUGCAUGUUUUAUACAUAUCACCUAAUCAUUUGAAAAGGGACGUAGUAUAUGAGCGACUUUGUCAUUAGGAGGUGGGGGUGAAGGUGGAUGGCAUGACACCUGGGCAAGAUGCCUUUUGUAGCAAACCAUCACUGUUUUUCCAGCAGUUUAUUAACCACCAAACAUGGGUGUUUUGUAGAGACCCAUCACUACGUUUUCAGUGGCUUUUUAGGCACCACAUACGGGUGUUUUGAAGUGACCCAUCACUGUGUUUCCAGCAGACUUUUAGGUAUCAAAUGUGGGUGUUUUGUAGCAACCCAACACUGUUUUUCCAGUGGAUUUUCAGGCACUAAAUGUGGGUGUUUUGUUGAACCUCAUUGCUGUGUUUCUAGCAGCUUUUCAGAGAUCAAACGUGGGUGUUUCGUAGCCAUCCAUUGCUGUGUUUGCAGCAGAUAAUUAGGCACUAAACCUGCGUGUUUUGUAGAGACCCGUCACUGUGUUUCCAGCAUCUUUUUAGGUACCAAAUGUGGGUGUUUUGUUGCGCCACUUGCUGUUUUUCCAGUGGUUUUUCAUGGCACCAAACAUAGGUAUUUUGUAGUUCCCUGUUGCUGUUUUUCCAGCGGGGAGAGUAUCGUGAAAAGCGAUUGUUGCUUUAACACCCCGCACCAGGAUAUUUUCAGCCAAAACAUGAUAUUUUCCUAACCAUAACAAAGUACUUUUUGCACCUAAACCUUACCACACGUUUACCACAGCGUUGUUGAAAUGUAAAUUUUCAAUGUAUCCACUACAUAAUAACUUGCAAAUGUAAUGCAUCCAUGGUCUGCAGAUACGUACAAUAAUAUUAUUUUUUCUAACGAUUGGGUUGGACAUUAUGUGCAAUAUUUCUCUCUUGACACACAAGGAAAUAAAAUAACUUGGCCUUUUUCUCACUGACGAUUUGAAUGAUAACAGAGAAAUUCGCAAACAUUAUUGUAAACUAUAUGCUUAGGCCAAUAUGUUGCUUUCACAGGUUUCUGUUCCGUUGAUGUAAAAUGUUCAUGAUUUAGAGCUACAGGAAAAGCCAUAUGCAGAGGCUUAUAGUGGCUUGCAAUGAUGCAGUGAGGUUGAUGCUUAAGGUUCCCAGAUGGCAUAGUGCCAACCAGUCAACUGUAUGCAUUUUCUGGUGUUCCUACAUGCGAGGCAUGUCUAAGACAUCUGAUGUACAAUUUUAUGUGUCGCUUGGAUGAGUCAGAGUCUAGACAACAUUGGCAAGAUUGCUUACAACUGUUUUUUAUAUUUUUGAAAGAUGAAGAUGGUUUAUUUUGUAUGUCAUGUAUGUCUUAUUUUCUUCUUUUAUAAAUUUCUAUGGACCCUCUUGU